UUCUUGACUUAAAAACGACUUUUUGAUAACUGUUCAAACGUUGGAAUCAAUAGUAAAUCAAAUAAAUAACCAUAACUUUGCCAAUGAUAUUUGUUACACCAUAAUAAAGGCUUUCAUUAUUUGUGGAAUAUUUUCAACCAAAAGAAAUGGCAGCGUGUAAUUCAGAUGACGAUACAAUGAGUAAUGGGACUUCUCAUCAUGUUACUCAUGCUCUUGAAUUUAUGACAGAAGAAGAAGGCAAAGAGUUUCAGGAAUUCAGAAGAAGUAUCGGAAUUGUUGGAACGUUUACAAAACAGAUGGUCAAGAUGGCGAUUGCGCAGUUAAAACCUGAAUUCGAAAACAUGGCAGUAAAAGCAGCAGAACAAGCAUUUGACAACAAAAUGACAAAGGUUAGAGAACUGAAUGAGGAAUUGAACAAGAGAGAACGGGAACUAAAACAACUCCGACUUGAAAAGAAAAUUCUACAAGCCAAAUUAGAUAAAGAACGAGUUGUCAAAAGUAGACCUGAUUCUGUCGAAACAAAAGAAAAAGAACUUAAAAGAAUGGAAGCUGAUAUCAGUAAUUUGAAAAUGAAAUUAAGAAAGACCACAGAUGAUUUAAAACAUGAGAGAGACCGUUUGUCUGAAGAAGAGAAAAAACGGCUAGAGCUGGAGAGUACACUACAAGCUGACGUAGAGCGACUUAGAAAAGAACUUGACAGGGUGAAAGGUCAAUUGGGUCAACUGAGGUCAGCUAAAAAUGUUGGAGAUGAUGAAACCAGAAAACUAAGAGAAAGAGAGCGACAGCUUUUGGAUGAAAUGGAGAUGAUUCGGAAGCAACAACCUCGUCUUCAUAAAAGAAAACUGUUUGCUUAAAUUUUAGGAAACACAGAAAGAAAUUCGUCCAUUUAUGAUCAGCAUUAUAUAUGACAUCAUAUGUACUAUCUAAUUGCGCAAAACACGAUACAUUCACUGACUGGGUAGUACUAAUUGUUAUAACUAUUUAGAAGUAAUUUGUCAUGUGUUAUUAUCAACAUAUUUAUAAUAAAACACAUUUGUUUGCAGUUUAAUAUGCUAAAUGCAGAUUAUUUCGGGUACAUAUUUUAACAGCACCAAAUCAAUUAUUUAUAGAUAAACUCAUAAAUCUCACCCAAUUUAUACACAAUAAUCUAAGCGAAGUAUGCAUGUUUCUUUAAAAAAUAAUGUUAGAAUAGUGGAAUAAAAUUUUGUUUGGUAGUAUGUAUUAUUGUUUUUUCCAUGGUACGAUUUGAUAGAAAAGAAAGGAUAAUUGAAGCAAUUUAAUUUGAUAAACGGUGGGAUUUUCUCAGAAAAUUAAUGUCCAAAGAGUACAACUGUUGAAGAAAACUAUGAAGCAAUGAAGUGAACUAACUUUUCAAAAAGAAAAUCUGAUCGGGGGUGCAUGUUUUUUUUAUAACUUUAUUUUAUAGUCUUUUGUUUUAAAAAUGUUAUACCACCCCCAAACUCAUACUCCCAACCUUGGGUUGAGUGUUGCUCCUGUCUACAGUGUAGUCUUAUAUUUUAUUAACUUGUUGCUUUUAUUUUGCCAGCGUAUUGUGUGCAUGUGUGUCUAUGUAAAACUCUUUGUUUAUUCACAUUGCAAUAAAAUUGUUAGUUUCAUA